AAAAAAUGGCUGAAAUCCAAGUGUGUGUGUGAAGGAAACUGUGUGAGAAAAAUUUGCGUUUGCUACCAAUUUGGAAAUAUCGGCGUUGCGGCAACAAAACCGGACCCCAUUGUCCACUGGCCACCGCAGCUGCCCCUCGCAGGAUUCCCCAAGCAGAGGCGAAGGAGCGUGGUCUGGCGGAGCGACCGAAAAUUGGCAAUUGAUGCCACUCUCGGCAAUCGGCACUCUCCACUCACAGCGGCCUGCAAUUACAGAGAAGCCAGGCCGAAAAGCGACUUCUCAGUUCUCCGGCUGGCUAUCGUACCGAAAAUGUGGCUACCCGGCCAAGAGCAGGAACUACCAGGAGUGGAUAACUAGAUGAGAAUUCAGCGAAGAGCACUCCCUAUAUGUAAUAUAUAUGUAAUACACACGCGCCUGCCCCGCCGACAGUGUACAUACAUCAAUUUAUCGGCUUGAUACACACAUACGCAGUUGCAUCAGCAUGUCCGACCGUGAUUCUGAUUCCGAAUCCGACGCUGGUCCGCCCGUGAGUCAUCAGCGGGGGCAGCGGAACCGUCGCAUCAUUAUGCGGAUCGAGUUCAAGGACUCGGAGGAUACGGCCUCGGAUCCCGACCCGGACGAACGACCUUCUUGCUCCACGGCCAGUCGGCUGCGUCGCGACGCCCGCCGCCAGGAGGUGGAUUCCGACUCGGUUGCGGCAACUCGCGCGUCCACGCGCAAGCUGCGCAAUCGUCGCGGGCCGCGGAGCGACUGCUCUUCUAGUGGUAGCGAGAUCAAUCAACGGCCUACUCGCAGCAGCAAGCGUAAGAAGGUUGAGUCCUACGAUGAAGAGGAACAAGAGCAAACGCCAAGCGCGUCCGGUCGAUUGCAGCCCACGACCACUGAGCCCGAUCCAGGCUUCAGUUCCGACAGCAGCAGUAACGAUCUACUGGAAAAGUGUCCGAUUUGCCUGCUCACUUUCCGGCAGCAGGAGAUCGGCACGCCUGCCACCUGCGAGCACAUCUUCUGCGCGGCCUGCAUCGACGCCUGGUCCCGAAAUGUUCAGACCUGUCCCAUUGACCGCAUUGCCUUCGACCGGAUUGUGGUUCGGGACUCGUACUCAAGCCGUCAGGUGGUUAGGGAAGUGCGUGUUGACCUGAGUAAGUCCAAGACCGAGUUCGCACUGGACGACGAAUCAGAGAGCGCGGUGGUUGUCGAAGAGGAGCUCACCAACUGCGAGGUCUGUGAAAGUCCGGAGCGGGAGGAUGUAAUGCUUCUGUGCGACAGCUGCAAUCAGGGAUACCACAUGGACUGCCUGGACCCGCCGUUGGACGAGAUUCCCGCUGGCUCCUGGUACUGUGACAAUUGCAUUGACUCCGAAGGCGAGGAUGAUGAUGAGCAGCUUGAGCUGGCCGACGACUUGAGCCAGCUGUACGAGGACAUUAGAGGAAUGGGCUUGCCCGAGACUCGGCUCAGGGUGCGAGAGGUGCAGCAACCACCAAGAAUCUUGCGCACCCGCCAGAACGAGCGAAUUCGAGCGGCUGUGCUGCGACGCACUCGCUCCGCCUUAGCCUCGGCUGAAGAUUCCACUUUGACCCGAACUCGUACCCGCACUACCACCACCACCACAACCACUACAACAACGACUCGGCGCACAACCACCAGCACCAACAAACGGCCCGUUCAACGUCGCCGACGGAGGAGGACUCGCCACCGGACCUAUGUUGUCGAGUAUGACUUAAACAACUUUGACGAAAAGUUUGCCCUGAAGACAAGCAAGAAGGUGAUACGACGACGUCGGCGUCGCCGUCGUCGUGCGGUGGCCCCUUCCUCUAGUGAGGGACCUGGCCGUCGCCUCACAGCCAGCAAGCGCCUCGCGGAGCAGUUGGGAGUAAAGUCAGACGGAGUGCAGCGCUCUCAUCUAGGUGGCGGAACAGCCUCCAGCUUCUCCCUCUUCGGGAACGCCAACGACCUCGAAUACUUCUCGGACAGUGAGCCAGAUGUUGGCGUCAGUGGCACUUCUGCUGGGCUCGGAUCAACGGCUGUGCAAACUUCGGUGCGCAUUGCUAGCAUUGGAGCACCGCGCAUUCGAAAAGCCCUGCUCCAAGGCAAGGCACGCAUAGCAGCCACACCUUCAGUACCGGCUUCAGCUGCGGCUGGGGACAUACUGUCUACCAUUUUGGAUUUGCAGGACCGUUGGCACGACGCGUCGCGUAACUUGGGGAAUGUGCAUAUUAGGGCGGAUGGUACCCUAAAUCUUCCCCAAAAACCUGCGGUCGCAGCGACACCAGAAGCAGCAACGACGACGGCUACUUCUAGGCCUGAGGAGCAUCUAACUCAUGCGCCUCUUUACCAACGCGGAGGUGGAGCACCCAAUUACAAUAGAGGCGGAGGAGCAGGUUCAGGUGACAACUAUAACAAUCGUUAUAGCGGCAAUAACAGUUACAGGGGAGGUGGAGGAGGUGGAACUUCUAGCGCUAGUGGAGGAGCGUCGAGCAGUGGCGGAGGAGCUUCCUCGCGUCAAUCGACUGGUGGCGGAGAUAGUCAAGGGGUCGGCGGUUUCAGUAACCAGAACUUCAGCAGCCCCAGCCCGAACAAUAACAGCAACACAAAUGUUUCAAGCUUUACUCCCUUCCACCUGCGCUUCAACACGCCCAACCGACAGCAGCAACCACGGCAUCAAAACGUGCCCCCUGCCAACCAACCCACACCACCUUUUCGUGGAAGUGCACCGCCUCCAGACCCAGUGGCAACACCAUCGAACAAUUUCCCAGGACGACCGCCGAUUUAUGCUCCGCCUGUAAAUCAUCACACGCCACCAGUGAUGGGUAUGCCAGUGGUGCUCUCAAUUCCACCUCCGCCCAUGCCACCCGCCAGCCUCUCUUGGAACAGUCCAAUAUUUAAGAUGAAUACGAUGCAGCAGUCACCGUUGAAAACCAACGAUCGAAACGCAGAUGACGAUGUCGACAAUUGCCCGAACUUCUCAAUUUAUUCGCAGGAGUCACAGGCGGUGGCUAAUGCCUCCGCAACGGCGUCGGGGAUUGCACAAGGACCAGCUGAUGGAUCUGAUAAGGAUGAUGACGAUAUGAAUGAAGAUUUAGUACAAUUAGAUGAUGAUGAAGAGGAAAAUGAAAUACCGUUACCCUUGGGACCAGAGCCCGAACCCAUGCCCGAAAAGGCCAACGAUGAUCUGUACGAGCCAGAGAAUCCAACCGACGAGCCGGAUGAGCAAGAAAUAGACGAAAAGUCCUGUGAUGGAGAACCCAUGGAUGAAUCGGAUAUCUCCGAUCAAGGGCCCAGCAGCUCAAAAUUGGACGCUGGUCCUUCGGAGGAGCACGAAGAAGAGGAGGCGAAGACGCGCCUCACUCCCAGCCCUGUGGUCAAGGAGGGCCGAGUUGCGGACAGAGACCGGGCCAAGGGCGUGCUAGAGCUAUAUGAUGACAGCGACUGGGAAGAGCUGGACAUUGACAAACCUAAGGAAUUCGAAAAGGCGCUGGCUUCGGAAGUUGAGGUACAAGCCAGCCCCAAGCAUGCAAAAUCUAAGAAACCACCAUCAAAUAAGGAAGGAAUUGCGGAAAAGGACGACAACGCAAGCGGGAGUGAGCACGAGCAGGAUCGGUCAUAUACGCCCUGUCUUGACGAAAAGAGUAUGGCGGAGGGUGAGGAGGAGCAGGCGACGGCUGGGACAGAGCUUCAGAAUAAUGCCAGUACCAGUCCAAAAACUGCCUCCUCUAAGGCUUCCGAUGACGAAGAUGGGCCAGAGCAAGCUGUCGGCACGGAUAUUGUUUCAGAGGACGAUCUGAAUAACGAGAACGCGUCAAAGAGACGCAGUCGUAGCCGUGGGUUGGGAAAGGAGGGAAAGUCUAAGUCGAAGUCUAAGUCGCGUUCUAAACGCGACAAGAAUGACACUUUUAAGAAGAUAGGAAAGCGACAGAAGGGUCGUAACUACCGUGGGGAAAAACAGGAUCCAGACAGGAGCCCUCGAUCAAGUUCUAGAAGUCGCACUCCAAAGAUGCGUUCCAAGAGCCCGAGGGCGAGCAAGAGCGUCAGUCGUAGUAGAAGUAAGAGCAGAAGUCGUUCCCCCAGCCGCAAUAGAAACAGGCGUCGCCGAGGCAGCCGCUCCAAGUCCUACUCCCGUUCUCAUUCUAGGUCUCGAUCGCGUUCCAACUCACUUAACCGCCAGAGAUUUGCCUUCCGAGGACGGGACUUUCAGCGUGGAUUCGUGCGUGGCCGCGGAGGCCUGCGCUUUAACUAUCGCAACCAACAGUUUCACAACAGGCCAUUCCAGCAUUAUGGCCACAACAAUUACCACCAGAACCAAAACUACCACCAUCAGCACCAGCACCAUCAGCAUCAGCAACCACAUUACUUCCAUUAUAAUCAGCAUGGCCAGCACCAACAGUUCUUUCAGCGUCCCAAACGAAGAGAACUACCUCGCUAUGAUGUUCGGAAUGUUGUGGGCGCAUCGAGACACAAUGCCAAAGAUCGCUAUGGACGUGACGCAAUGCGAUCGGGCAGAAGUCGUUCGGGAAGGCGCAACUCGCGUAGUUUUUCGCGAAGUGUUUCGCGAGAGUCAAGAGCAUCCCUGCGCUCCCGUUCUGGUUCGCCCAAACGGCUUCGCAGCUUUAGCAUCUCACCGACCCCACCGCCAGGAACUUCACCUUCCCCCCAUAAACAAAGCGGAGGUCGUCGAACGUCACCGGGGAGACGGUACGCCCGCUCGCCCUCGCCAAUUCCCCCUCCUGCAACCGAAAGAGCGCAUAGUCCAGUCUCUGCACACUCCAGAGGAUCCCGCUCGCCCACUCCUAAUCGCAUCAAUGGAGGAGGGAAUAGAUCUCCCCUUUAUCUUGGCUCGCCACGUUAUACCCCACGGUUAAGUCGCAGCAGAAGCAGAAGUCGCUCUAAGAGUCCUAAAGAUCCGCCCAAAAAGAAGAAAAAGAAGUCCGAGAAAAAGAAAAAGAACAAAAAGAGGACGGGCAGCAGCAGUCCGACCACUGCUGCGCGGAUGCGACGCAUCUCUCGGCAACGUGACCCUUUCGAGGAUGCUGAUGAUUUCCUGGCGCCGCAAAGAAAAAGAAAGAAGGCAACUGGGCAGUGGUCGCCGUCCCCAUCACCCAGUCGCUGCGAUUUCCUGCAUGACAGUGCCUGCCAGGAUAAGAACCCGUCUUGGACGCCGCCACUGGGAUCGCCCAAAGGUGCAGGCGGACACUAUGAUAACGAUGGUCCUUUGACACCCAAAAAGGCGAAGCGCAAGCGGGACAAGAGCAAAAAGAAGAAAAAGCAGCAUCCGAUGGAGAAGCCACGCAAGGAGAAGAAGCGAAAGCGUCGAACCCAAACGCCGGAGCCCUUGCCAUCGAAAGAGGUAUUUGCCUCAGGCAACAAUAUUCUGGUCAGCGUGAGCUUCAACAAGGAGUCGACCACUAACAACGCGAACUCCACGCUGGGCUCCCAGCCGCAGUCGGUAGCCACAAUGCCGUCCGGCAGGGAGGAUCUGUUAAGCAACCGCUUGGCCUCCAUCGACCACCUGGCUAACAGCACCAUUAGCAGUGCUGUGGGAGCCAUUAAGAAGGGAAAGCGGGAAAAGACCCGCAAGCGUAAGAAGCUGGAGGCUAAGCCGGUGGCAAUCAUCGAUCUGGAGCGUUCGCCCUUCCAAGUUCACCAGGAGCCGGCAGAUGUCAUUGUGCUUACUGACAGCGAGGAUGCAACAGAUCAACUCUCGACGAGAAGGGAGAGAGACAGGGAGCGAGACAGGGAACACGACAUGCUGAGGGAAAACGGGCAAAGGGAGAAAACCCCGCAGGUCAGUUCCUUGGAUACAAUCAUGGAAGCCUCGUACGAGAACAUGACGCAGUCAACUGGACCCAAAACGCCACCUGAACCGCCCCUUGUCAAGUUCAACCUGCCUUCCAAAAAAAUGCAACACAAGGUCCGCAAUAAUCCGCUUCACGAAGAUGCUGAUGACAUUAACUCUGCAGACGAGUUGGAAGCUGCCUGCUCUCUGGCUCCCGAAGAGCAGUCCCCUCAGCACGGUCAUGGCAGCCACGAUGGCGGCCAGAAGAUCGGUCCGAACACCCCUCCAGAGUCGGGACCAUGCUCGCCAGAUGCCUAUGAUCCAUUCGAGCCGACCAAGUCGCCUUCCCUUUCGCCAAGAUCGCCGACACCAACUUUGAGCCAAAGCCUGGAUCAGCAAGCACCUAGCAUGGCGGCGAGCAGUGCACUUGGAUCGGGAUCUAUAGACAAGGGGGACAACGAUGGUGCACAUGCAACCGUAACUAAUGCGAGCACAAGCACACAGACCCAGACGAGCGUCCUUAAUCCGGUGGAAUUGGUAAUGGCGCUAGUGAAGCCUAACCAGAGCGGGAUUAUCCAGCAGGAAAGCGAGGUGACCUCCGCCCAGUAUAUUAGCAGCAGCUCCGUCAGCCUUGCCUUAGGCGUUGGGUCCAGCACGGGUGGAGGUUCCGGCGGAGGUGAUAGCCAUGACAAGGCAACCGAUGGCAAAACCAUUACCGUUCUCUCUAACGUACUGCUCACAAGCAGCAGCGUGGUGUCCAGCUCGCAGCACAUACCUUCAAUUUCUAGUCCCACGCCUCCUUCGAAGAAGCUCACGCCGUUGCCAAAGGCCGGCGGGAGUGUGGCCAGCAGCAGCAGUGGCGUUGGCAACAUGCCCACUACGAGUGGUGGAGUCAGUGGCCUGCGGAACGGUAGCGGCAUCGGGAAUGCCGGAGGAUCCGGCCACGCUCUAGACGACUCUUUCAGCAUGGACAUUGAGAGCCCCUACUCGCCUGGCUCGGCGGAUUACGAGGAUCUGUUCGAGCCACCCACUUUAACGGAGGGCAGCAGGCGAGCAAAGGGUGGAGCGCCCGGAGGCAAGGUAGAGAUUUUCGACAACCUAUUUGGAAGCAGUUCUCCCGUAGGCAACACCCGAAUGUCAUCGCGGUACACCACAGCGGUGGGCAAGAAAUCGCAUCGCAGCAAAGGCGAUCGAAAAUCAAAAUUAAAAGGUGCAAGAAAUCCUGAUAUGUAUGACGAUGUGCCGAAUUCGGCAACGGAUCUACAAAAUAAGGACAGACUUUUACGCAAGUUAAAUCGACAGGAACGUGUCGUUGAGGAGGUAAAAUUGGUGUUAAAGCCGUACUUCAACAAGAAAGCGAUUACUAAGGAUGACUACAAAGACAUCAUGCGGAGAGCUGUGCCCAAGAUCUGCCACAGUCGCUCUGGUGAAAUUAAUCCACACAAGAUUAAAAAUCUUAUAGAUGCCUAUGUAAGGAAAUUCCGAGCUAAGCACAAGAAGUUGAGCCUCCUUAAUACAGGACAAGUUAGCAGUGCGGUUAAAUGUGCUGCUUAUUUAAAAAAACUUUAAGCGAGCAAGCGAUGGCGUAGGAUCUGGCAAAUUGGGUAAAAAAAAAUCUGAAGAAUUUUGCUGUCGCAUGCAUUCCUACAAUCUGCCAUCAAUUGGAACCAACACUAUUUACCAGCUACCAUCGCAAAUCUAAGGGAAAGUAAAAGGAAAACUCAUUAACUGUCAUUAACUAUUGGAAUUUAGUUGUUAAGUCAAUUUUAGGUCACCUUACGAAUGAUUUUAGACCGUAAGCAAAAAACAGAAGUGAAGAUUUUAAGUAAUAAGAUGAAGCAAGUUUGUCACCUAAUUUUCGGUUACCCAAAGCACUACAAAAACACUUUAUUUAUAUCGAGACUAGAUCAUUAGAUUGUUUAUUUGUACUACACCCGUAAUGAUUAUAUUAUAACUGUUUUGCGUGAGCAUUAACCAAUUGUAAGUAGUUAAGUGAAGGCAAAACGAAAUUGUAUUUUACCUCUGAUAAUUUAAAUAUUUAAAUUAAACCCCUUCUGGAAACAUUUAUUGAUAGCCUGAAUACAUGGGCUUGCAUUGAAUAAGGCAUAGAAAAUUCCUGUAAAUGUGGUUCAUGCAGUCGAGUAUUUUUCUUGAACGAAGAUUGUUACCAAACAAUUGUAAUUAUGUAUUCAUAUAAAUAACUGCACGGCCAGUUAUGCAGUUCAUCUAUUAGGCACUUGAUUUUGCAUAGUCUGUCAGUCAUAACUUUUGAAUAAAAAGUAAGAGUGUAUGCAUUGCACACAACACAAUUAAAAACCGUAUAUAUGAAUAUACGAAUUGUGCUAAAUCGUUUUGUAAAUAUCAUAUAAAUAAAAAUAAAAGCGAUAAUAACUAAUCCAA